AUGAAAGCAGUGCAAGCGAUGCUUAGACUUUUCGUAUGGAGCUUGGCCCUGAUCCUGGUGCCAAGCGCAGGCACCUGCCUGCCAGAAGCCGUUCCGGAAUCCAGUCGGAAGUUCCUUGAAUUGGACAGUGGCAGCAGUCCUGUUCAACUGCUGGUCUAUGACUGGGCCUCUGCAGAGCUGGGCUCGACGAUAGCGGCCAUCUUGAUCCAGGAGGUCCUCGGCUACCAUGCGAGGAUCGACUCCGAGCGGACGGUGACCGUCUUCGAAGGGCUUCUGGCCCUGGCCGGGUGUACAGAUUUCGACUGCACGUCAACCGUGGAGCGGAAGCAUGUGGCAGUAGAGAGCUGGCUUAGCGAAGUCAUCACUCUCUAUCCAGCUUUUCGAGAUGCGCACCCCGCAAUUUGCCCGGAGGACAUGGGUACCAUGGGCUACUUCGGGAACCACAACCUCUUCGUGAAGGCCUACGUCAGAGACGAGGCUUACCACGACGUCGGGCUAGCCCUAGAGUUUUACAGGAGCUACAACACGAGCCACCAUGAUCCCAAGAAGUAUUUCGACUCUUUUACAGAUAUCCCACAGUCGGAGUUUUUUCCAUGUGACACCCCGGGGAACGAGUUUGUGAAUACAGUGCGGAUGGAUCUCUAUGUGCAGUACACUGGGGAUGAGGCCGGGGUCACACUGACGCCCGAGGGCUAUGUGGCUUAUUGCCCAGAUGGUUAUUUUUGGCUUUCGCCUGCCUGUCGCCACGACCCAUCCGGCUGCAUUCCCAUCAUUGCGGCAGGCAAUGGUUGGAUUAUCGAUGCUCAGAUGCAGUGGGCCACCGCUUACGGAUUCCCCGCCGCGAUCGGCAUCGCCGCAACCUGGGACCUCUACGUGCAUCAG